CUCUGCUUUAUAUGCCGGUUACAUUUUAAAUCUUCCUCCUCUAUAGAGAGCACACCAAGCAAAAUAAGAAAGAUGGCAAGUCUCCGUGUGCAUUUGCCGCUACUGCUGAUUCUACUCCUGAUUUCAUCAGGGCCAAAAAUGAUGGAGUGUGCGAGGAUUUUUACCAUAGUUAAUUAUUGCCAAGAAACGGUAUGGCCGGCUGUCACCCCAGGUGACAACUUCAACGGUGGUGGAUUUGAGUUAAAAUCAGGACAAUCAAUUGUUUUCACUGCUCCGGUUGGCUGGAGUGGCCGGAUAUGGGGCAGAACAGGCUGCAAAUUCGAUAAAAAUGGAAGUGGUUCAUGCAAGACGGGGCCCUGUGGCACAUCCCUGAAAUGCAAGGCCUCCGGUGAGACCCCGGCCUCCCUUGCUGAAUUUACCCUAACAACACUCGACUUUUACGAUGUCAGCCUUGUCGACGGUUUUAAUUUGCCAAUAGCCGUUACACCAGUAAAUGGUAAAGGAAACUGCAGCGUUGCUGGUUGUGAUGCAGAUCUGAGGGAUACUUGUCCUUCCGAGCUCGCUGUUAAGUCCAACGGAAAGGUUAUCGCUUGUCGAAGCGCUUGUGAUGUGUUCAACACGGAUGAAUAUUGUUGCAGGGGAGUUUAUGGAAACCCUGUGGUUUGUCAACCUACAUAUUAUUCAAAGAAGUUCAAAGAAGCAUGCCCUACUGCUUAUAGCUAUGCAUAUGAUGAUCCUACCAGUAUUUUUACGUGCUCAGGGACUGAUUAUAUUGUUUCCUUUUGCUCGUCCAGGAAGCAAGCAGUUUGCACCUACCAUGACAACAGGCUUGUUUGCAGUGGAUCAGAAGGCCUGGAAUCAUUGAUUACCAGAUGGUGGGCUCUCGUGUUCGCAGUGCCACUGUUUAUUACUUUCUGAUAAAUAGUUUUCAAGUAAGAAAACACAUUUUUAUAUUUUUUGAAAUUUAAAGGAAGUCUCAUUUUAAUUC